UCAAACCCCAUUCACCAAAUGUAAACCCAUAAAAAAAAAAAAGAAGAAAGAAUUACUUCUUUUUUCCUAGGGUUUAUAGCCUUCUGCAUUAAAAAUGCUUCAAUAAUUACAUUUAAAAAAAAAAAGAAAAGUUAGAGAAAGAGAUGAGCCAUGAUGAUCAAGAUAAGCGGGCAAACGUGACAUCAUUUGGUGCAUUUAGGCAAAGCUUUCAGAUCCUCGUGCUUGUGAGAAUCAAAGCCGCCUUUGGAGGUUGGUUUGCGCAAAGGAAGCUGAUGAAUUUUAUUUCAUCUGAGGUAUCGGGACGAGAUCCAUUGAAGCUUCUGAGAUAUUGAUGUGGUAUAUGGUUGGUUAUCUGUUAAGUGGAUGUGUAAGAUGUCAGGGCAAAAAUACCCUUGUUCAGGGGGGCUGAGUCCUGAUUUAUCUGUCAUCCCGACCUUUGCCAUGACAGGUGCGCUUGCAUGGCAGGUCACCAAAUCUUAAUAAAAAUUCAUCUUUUUGCGUUUUGAGGGGAGAUCGCAUGGGGUUUGCCCAGGUUCUCCCCUCUGGUGUGCCGUGUCCUGCUUCUUUUUCUUCUUUGUUUUACGUUUCCCAUCAUAAAUGCUUUCACGGGCUCAUGGCAUCCGGAUCACCAUAGACAUGGAUACAAUUACAUCAACGGAAUAGCUAAUGAUGAUCAUCACCACGCAAAUAUUUCAACCAUGAUCAACUAUGCUCAGCCUUCCAAGCAUAAAGGUAUACUCUCCAUGUUUUAUCGGAUUUCACUUUCAUUGCAUUUUAUCCAAAUAUGAUAUAUAGUUAUACAGUAGUCUGGUCGGUAGAUUUAUAACCAAAUUUCAAUAAUUUUUACUUGACUUUGGUAAUUUUCUUCCUAAAUGAAAUUUUUUUCAAAUGGGACGCAAUAAUUCAAAACGAACACUUCAAAUCUUUCACUUUUAAAUGAGAUUCAUUUUGUGACCAACGGUUUUAAUCAUAGCUGUAGCCGUAAUAUAAGCUGGAACAUUUCAUAAACCUGAUAAAAUAUGGGAUAUUCU